AUGUGUAAGGAAUGUGGGAAAACUUGUGCCACAUCACCUGACUUCACUCCACAUCUGAGAAUUCACCCAGGAAAGAGACCUCAUGAAUGUAAGGAAUGUGGGAAAUCUUUUUCACGAUCCACUUACCUGACUCUACAUAUGCGAACUCACACAGGAGAGAGACCUGCUGAAUGUAAGGAAUGUGGGAAAACAUUUUCUCAAUCAAGUGACCUCAUUUAUCAUGGAAGAACUCAUUCAGGAGAAAAACCUCAUGAAUGUAUGGAAUGUGGGAAAACAUUUUCUCGCCCAUAUAGCCUCCUUCAACAUAGAAGAAUUCACACAGGAGAGAAACCUUACGAAUGUAAGGAAUGUGGGAAAAGGUUUUCCGUCUCAUGUCCCCUCACUCGACAUAAAAGAAUUCAUACAGGAGAGAAACCUUAUGAAUGUAAGCAAUGUGGGAAAAGGUUUUCCGGCUCGUAUGGCCUCACUCGACAUAAAAGAAUUCAUACAGGAGAGAAGCCUUAUGAAUGUAAGGAAUGUGGGAAAACAUUUUCUCAGUCAAGUGGACUCAUUUCACAUAGAAGAAUUCAUACAGGAGAGAAACCUUAUGAAUGUAAGGAAUGUGGGAAAACAUUUUCUCGCUCACAUAGCCUCAUUCAACAUAGAAGAAUUCACACAGGAGAGAAACCUUAUGAAUGUAAGGAAUGUGGGAAAACAUUUGCACAAUCAGGUGACCUCACUAAACAUAGUAGAAUUCACACAGGAGAGAAAACAUUUGAAUGUCAGGAAUGUGGGGCAACGUUUAGGCGCUCACGUCAGCUCAGUAAUCAUAGAAGAAUUCAUACAGGAGAGAAACCUUAUGAAUGUAAGGAAUGUGGGAAAAGGUUUUCCUGCUCGUAUAGCCUCACUCCACAUGAAAGAAUUCAUAGAGGAGAGAAACCUUAUGAAUGCAAGGAAUGUGGGAAAAGGUUUCCCCGCUCAAGUUCCCUCAUUCAACAUAGAAGAAUUCAUACAGGAGAGAAACCUUAUGAAUGCAAGGAAUGUGGGAAAAGGUUUCCCCGCUCAAGUUCCCUCAUUGAACAUAGAAGAAUUCAUACAGGAGAGAAACCUUAUGAAUGCAGGGAAUGUGGGAAAAGGUUUUCCCAGUCAUGUAACCUCAUUGAACAUAGAAGAAUUCAUGCAGGAGAGAAAUCUUAUGAAUGUAAGGAAUGUGGGAAAACAUUUUCUCAGUCAA